GUCAUUAUUUCAUUGUCAGAAAUCUAUUUGCGAUGCAAAGUGCAGGACUUCUAUCCGAAUACAAUAAAAAUGUUUAAUAAAGUGAUCCAACGCGCGUUAAAAUUCCGUAUAAAGAAAUCUUAUCCGACUAACAUUUACGAUUUAACCCGUGGUUCGGCCAUAGCUGUUCGUCGACCUUACAGUGAUGAGGUGCGGCGUGCGCAGGCGCAGAGUGUAGCCGCCCCGGGACCUACGAUUUUCGAUAAAAUUAUUUCAAAAGAAAUUAAAGCUGAUAUUAUAUAUGAGGAUGAGAAGUGUUUAGCUUUUACCGAUGUCUCUCCACAAGCGCCCGUUCACUUCUUGGUUAUCCCCAAGCGCAGAAUAAGGAGAUUAGAAGAUGCUGAAGAAACUGAUAAGGAACUCCUCGGUCACUUAAUGCUAGUGGCGCGAUCUCUUGGCGCUCAACGUGCACCGUCAGGCUGGAGGUUGGUGGUCAACAAUGGCCGUGAUGGCGCACAGUCGGUUUACCACCUUCAUAUACAUGUAAUCGGUGGAAGACAAAUGGGCUGGCCUCCAGGUUAAUUUGAAGUUUGAUUGUGGGAAAGUUGAAAACUCUUGGAUUGUUUGCAAUGUUCUCAUAUAUAUAUAUAUAUAUAUAUAUAUAUAUAUAUAUAUAUAUAUAUAAUAUUACAUUUUAUUUACCAUAGUAAAUACACUCACUACAAACGUCAAUGAAACAAGAUGUUUUCAGUUAGUUUACCCAAUUAUUGCUCCAUUAUGUUUGUAAAAAUUUUAUUACUGUUUCCUAUCUUCAUAAUCAAAAUUAAUAGUAGUGUAUUGAACUCAAUUUGGAAACCAAUUUUAUCUUCGAUUUAUUUAAUCAGCCUAUAAUAGAAAGUUUAAUUUUUAUAUGCCCUGGUUAUACAAUAUUUUAUUUACAUUUUUUAUAUAGUAUUGAUAUUGUAUAAUAAUUGUAUGUAUUAAUUAUAUUAUAUAUAUUUUUUUUAUUGAAAUAAUUUACAAUGGAACUUGUAAAUAACCAAGAGAUUUCCUAUCCAUAUGUCUUAACAAUUUGAUGAUAACUUUUGUUUCAUAAAACGGUUAUACUUAUUAAAUUUUUUUUUUACUAAUUGGCAACAGAAUAACAAUUUGCUGUCUGAAAUAAUACUAAUAUGUUCUGCAUAUUAAUAUUAUUUUUAUUUCAUUGUACUUAUACAAAUUAUGUCUAAAUUUAUAUCUUGUCUUGACUAUGUUUCUCUAUAGCCUUGUUUCAGGAUUUAGUUAAUUUAAUUACAUUCUAAACUAAAUGGAUAUUAAAAUAAUAAGUCUAUAUUUGAUUAAAAAAAAUAUUUAGUACAACAAAAGUUAUAAAAACAAGUUUAUUCGUGUUGACAUUGUUAUUAACCGAUAAAAAAGAGCAGUUUUUCACAGGUAUCAAUAGAUUCUUUACCAGACUUCAAAUUAUUACAAAUUUCUUAAAAAAAAAUUGUAUAUAUAGAGUUUUAUACGUUUUUUAAUGAAACCUAAUAUUUCUUUCUUACGUGCCUUAAAUAAUAAAUAAUGAUAUACUUUUUACCAUGCAAGUUUAAAUAAAUUAACCACCUUGAUCUAUUCCUUAUAAAAAAAGUAUAUUUGUGUGCUUACUACUAAAUUUGUAUUUGAGUUUUUAUGCUUAUAGUUAUGCUUAAUGAAAAUGAAUUACUUUUAACAAGCUAAUGCGUGUUUAAAAAAUCAUUUGCUUCCAGGAUGUAAGCUGUAUAUGUGAUUUUAAAUAAUUUGUAGCUCAAAUACUCAUGUAUCAAAAUCGGAAAGCACCGUGAUUGUAUUACCAAAGUGAAUUUGCUCAAAUCAUUCGCAUCACUAUUAUACUUGGAAUAUUAAAUACAGGAGACGUUACGUGUAGUCAUUUAAGUCUAUCAGGUAUCGAAAUUUCUAAUUGUUAAUAAAGACUACCCAAUGCCCACUAUAAAAUAUUAUUGAUUAUUUUGUUAUAAUCCCUUAAUCACUAUGUAAGUUGCAUUAUCGUUUAAUGUACAUGAUAAUACCACUAUGAAAUGUGCCAGGUUUAUCUAUGUUUGUGGGCACGGUCAAGUACACGCCACAAGUGUGAUAUUUAUCGCUGUGUAAUAAAUAUUACCCCUCCCCCCUCCUCCUCACAUAUUAAUAUUUGUAUUUUUUUUUAUGGUUUGCGGUACAGUAUUUAAGGCAUCCCGUCCUCGCAAUUGGAUUCGGGUGACGGAAUGCCUAUACAAGAGGGUACAUGGUGGGCGCAGUUUAGACGCAAUAUAAUAUUUGUAUUGAACCUGAACCAAUGGCGCCUCCUGGUUUAAUGCUCAAAGUUAGUAUGUAAUGCAACAAGGUCGUUAUCAUGAUAGCACUACAAAUGUUUAGAUGUAUCUCGAGUGGCCGACUCGAGCUUUAAAUGUACCACGUAACUUUUAUAUACGGCAUGGCAAGUGAUUGAUUAUAAUUAAAUUUACAAUUUAACAAACACCACGGUCACGCCAAAUACCUGAUUAUUUGAAUAAUACAAUGGUGAUUAAGACCCAUUGAUUCCCCAAGAGUGGUCGUUAACUUGGGUGUUGAUUAAACAUGGCUUUUUAUAAGCCAAAACACGUAUAGGGAAAAAGGACAAUACGCCACGUUAUCGAGAAGUGAAGCAGCGACCGUGCUCCAAUCAAACUAUCCUUAUGUGGGAUUAAAUUGUAUUUAUGCAAGACUUUGGAAGGUUUAGGUCUUGUUAUCCUUUUUCCCUCUCCGUGGCCUAGAUUUAAGUAAAAAGCGAAAUUUGUGUCAUAUCUGUAGCCAUUGUUAGUUUUAGUGCAAUAAUUGGGCCAAAUAAAAGUAAAUAAGGAUUUUAAAUUUGUUAAUUUGUGCAUAUAUAAAUGUUUGCCACAGUUUGAUCGUCAGUCGAGUUGGUGUCGAAAUUGGACGUAUCUACCAAAACUGAUGGAAUUACAAACAAUACAAUUCCUAAUCGUUUGGCUGAAAUGUUAUUAUGUCAAAAUUUUAGAACGAUCCAACCUGAGGCCGGACUGGAAAUGGAAAAUUUUCUUCUCGAAGAACUGUAUAUAUUAGUCGCAUAACAUUUAUAUUACCGCACUGGCGGUGACUUGAAGGCUUGCUUUGGCUAUUCCCAAAUAAUUAUUUUAAAAAAAGUAACACUAUAAGGGUUCCUUUGUAUCAUUCUAGUAGGGAAUCGUAAAAAGGAAAAUGUGAAAAUCGCGCAUUUUUUCGUCUAAACUUAAACUUCACAACCAUAGUGUAUUUAUAUUUUUUCUAAUAACUCAAAAUUAAUUUUGCUUUAUGCAUGUAUGCAUAUAUAGUGUAUGCAUGUAUAAGUAUGUAAGUAUCUAAAAAAAGUUCAUUAAUGUAUAAAUAUAAACGUCCAUACUAUAAAUUAUUAUCUUGCUCAACGUUUUUGGGUGCUCUUAUUUUGGAUUUCCAAACAAAGAGCAUCUGCAUAGCAAUAUAAAUUACUCAACAUUCCAAAACAGUGUGCGAUUGUUUUAUUAUCACCUAGCUAUAUUUAUUUAUUAUUAGUCACAUUAGAUACCUAUUUGCUUGCCUACGUUGCGUAUUUUUACGUUAUUUAGUUUUUUAUAGCCCGGCUCUCUGUCUAGAUUUUUAAAAUUAGUGUUUUUAUAGAUAUGAUGUUGUUAACAUGAUUAAAACUGUACCAAUGAAGCCUUCAAAGUGCCAAUCCCACUCACGCUUGCCCGUUAUUUUUUUAUUCAAUUAUAUCAUUAUUUGUAUAGAUACAAACCUCCCUAGUAGCUGUGAUCUGUAGUUUUAGAAUCUCACACAUAAUCUAGUCAAAAGUUUUGUAGUUUAUGUUCUGACGUAGCCAACUGGACGGCAAAAACUGUGGUAUUACGUUAAGGGCAAUGCAAUCCAGUUUAUUUCGUUAAUGUUACUAUAAAAAAAUUAUAUAAAUAUUUUUCAAUAUCAAUAUAUUUUAAUAAUUGAUAUUUUAUAUUUUAUAAUUGAUCUUUUCUACAAAGACUACUUCAAUAAGUAGUCUUUGUAGAAAAGAUCAAAUCAUUAAAUUUGAAAAUGGUUGCUUAAAAGAAAUACGAAAUUAUUUCUUAUGUAAUAAAACUACACAAAAUUAUAAUUUCUUUACAUAUAUUUCGAAAAUAUUGCAAUAAUGUCAUUAAAGUUAAUUCGAAGUGCCUUGUUUAUUCAUUAUAUUAGGAAACUUAAAAUUUUGUCUUUUUAUUAUUUCUUUAUAUGUUUUUUAUUAAUGGAAAUGAUAAAAAAGCAAACGGCUCACUUGACUGAUCGUUUGUUUAUGAAGGACAGACCUCAAAAAUUGAGCCCCUGUAGUCCAAAUAUUUAUUAUCCAAAAUGAUGUAUUUUAAUUCUAACUUAAAAAUAAUUGUUUUUAUUCUGUAACAUUUUUAUUUAAAAAAAAAUAUGCAUUCAAUAAUUGUAAAUGGUGUUAAAAUUGUCAAACUUAUCGAAUACUUUGAUGGCAUAUAAAAACGCAAUAUUAGCUUAUAAGUUUUUUUGUGUUUUUAAUAGAUACUAGAUGUCUUAUUGUUUUGUUAAAAGUUCUAUAAUUUCUCGUACGAAAUGCCUUAUGCGUCUCAAAUGUUUUGUUACCAAAAUUGUAAAAUCGGCAGUACCUCAUAAAUAUUAGUAACCCAAUCAAAUUAAACCUUAACGUUAGAUAAAUUUCGAAACUAUCUACCUCAUUUACAGUCACAUAUAAAAUUUAAUUAUACAUAUAUGUAAAAAAAUGCUUAACAACUAAAUUCUAAAGUUACAUUCAAUUCUGUGGUGCUAUAUUUCUAAAUUAAUUAAGUUGAUAUUUUCACGAAUUUUCUGUUUUAUGGACUAAUCAGAAACUAAAUUUAUAUUAAAUUUGGCACAAAUCUAUUAAAAAUUUAGUCCUUACAAUAAAAAUUUCGCUGUGAUAUUGAAUCGAAAUUUUAAUUUUAAUGAUACAUUUAAACUAAUGGCACCUUAGAAUAUAGCCCACCAUAUGUAAUACAACGCAACAUGUGUUAAAAAUUAAAACUUCCGCAUUGUUCCGAUGAUUCAAUCCUUCUAUAUUAUUUGUAGACCGCAAAAGGUAUUUCAUACGGAAGCUUGCAAAACAAUAUGUUAGUUUAGUUGGUUGUGGGUACGACACGUGUGUGUCCGUGCGUUUGAGCGCAAACGACGAACGGAACUGACGCGCGUCCGUCAAAUUAAUUGUUUAGAAUUUAAAUUACUUUUAAAUUCUGUAACCAAAGGUUUUUAUUAUACGAUAUUAUUAUUCAAA